AUGCCGCGCUUACUCCCCAUCUCAGCGGCUACAUUGGCUCUGGCCCAGCUCAGUUAUGGCUGGGGCAACUUAGGCCACGAGGCGGUGGCUUACAUUGCCCAGAGCUUCGUUGCUUCUUCAACCGAGGCCUUCUGUCAAAAUAUUUUGGGCGACGACUCCACCUCCUACUUGGCCAAUGUCGCCACAUGGGCCGAUUCGUACAAGUAUACCGAUGCCGGAGAGUUCUCCAAGCCAUACCAUUUCAUUGAUGCGCAAGACAACCCACCACAGAGCUGCGGAGUAGAUUAUGAUCGGGAUUGUGGUAGUGCCGGGUGCAGUAUCAGCGCGAUUCAAAAUUACACCAAUAUUCUGUUGGAAUCUCCCAAUGGCUCGGAGGCAUUGAAUGCCCUCAAAUUCGUGGUCCAUAUUAUCGGAGAUACCCACCAACCCCUGCACGACGAGAACCUCGAGGCCGGUGGUAACGGUAUUGAUGUGACGUAUGAUGGAGAGGCCACCAACCUCCAUCAUAUCUGGGACACCAACAUGCCCGAGGAAGCCGCAGGUGGCUAUAGUCUGUCGGUCGCAAAGACCUAUGCCGACCUUCUAACUGAGCGCAUCAAAACCGGUGCCUACUCAUCCAAGAAGGACUCAUGGACAGAUGGGAUCGAUAUCAAAGACCCUGUGUCGACAUCUAUGAUCUGGGCGGCUGACGCCAAUACCUACGUCUGCAGCACAGUUUUGGACGACGGACUGGCAUACAUUAACUCCACGGACUUGUCCGGCGAGUACUAUGACAAGUCUCAGCCAGUCUUUGAGGAACUUAUCGCAAAAGCUGGGUAUCGGUUGGCGGCCUGGUUGGAUCUGAUUGCGAGUCAGUCCUCUUGA